AACCAAAAAACAAAAACUACUCUAAGUGACUACAAAUAAAUCAGCUUCAAAAUGCUUUCCACCACCAUGAAAUGUUACUGAAAAAUUAUAAACGGGUUAAAUAACCCAAAAAAUGAGUGUCAUGUUUUGUGGUGGAGCAAUAAGAAGUGGGGUGUUGGCAGUUGAAUUUACUUUUUGCUAACUCUUCCAUGGUUUUUUUCAUUUUCAUCUAUAUAAAGGCAGCAGAGCGGUGUUGAGUUGCUACACUUGUCUAUUCUCCACUUACAUAAACGCUUCUCUUCAGUCUCAUCUCUCUACCGAAUCGCCUUUCAAAGAACGACUACCGAUGGCGAUGAAGCGUGCGGCUGCUUCUGCGGUUCGCGCUUUUAUUUCUUCACGGAACCCCGCUCCCGCUUCAGUUCUAGCUUCGAGGGGCCUUCACGCCUCGCCUGGCAGCAAGAAGAUUGUGGGCGUCUUUUACCAGGCAAAUGAAUAUGCUUCCAUGAACCCCAAUUUCCUGGGCUGUGCGGAGAAUGCAUUGGGCAUACGCGAAUGGUUGGAAUCUCAGGGUCAUCAGUACAUAGUCACCUCAGACAAGGACGGACCACAUUGUGAGCUUGAGAAACACAUACCUGAUCUCCACGUGCUGAUAACCACCCCUUUCCAUCCGGCAUAUGUGACGGCCGAAAGGAUCAACAAGGCAAAAAAUUUGCAACUUUUGCUCACUGCGGGCAUUGGCUCCGAUCACGUAGAUCUCAAGGCUGCAGCUGAGGCUGGAUUAACAGUGGCAGAGGUCACCGGGAGCAACGUUGUGUCAGUUGCUGAAGAUGAACUUAUGAGGAUUCUCAUUCUUGUUCGCAACUUUUUGCCUGGUCAUCACCAGGUCAUUAAUGGGGAAUGGAAUGUCGCAGCUAUUGCUUAUCGAGCUUACGAUCUUGAAGGCAAGACAGUUGGGACGGUUGGAGCUGGACGUAUUGGCCGACUGUUGCUCCAGAGGUUGAAGCCUUUCAACUGCAAUUUGCUCUACCAUGAUCGCAUCAAGAUGGAUCCGCAGCUAGAGAGUGAAAUUGGAGCCAAGUUUGAAGAAGAUCUAGAUGCAAUGCUUCCUAAAUGUGACGUAAUCGUCAUCAACACGCCUCUCACCGAGAAAACAAAAGGAAUGUUUGACAAAGAGAGGAUAGCUAAGCUGAAAAAGGGAGUUCUAAUUGUGAACAAUGCUAGAGGUGCAAUCAUGGAUACACAAGCAGUUGUUGACGCUUGUUCCAGUGGGCAUAUUGCAGGUUACAGUGGAGAUGUUUGGAACCCACAGCCAGCUCCAAAGGAUCACCCUUGGCGCUACAUGCCGAACCAGGCUAUGACCCCUCAUGUAUCCGGAACCACCAUCGAUGGACAGUUGCGUUAUGCGGCUGGAGUGAAGGACAUGUUGGAGAGGUAUUUCAAGGGAGAAGAUUUCCCUCCACAAAACUACAUCGUCAAGGAUGGAGUACUCGCAAACCAGUAUCGCUAGAUGUUGCUGCUUCACCAUGUGUGGAUUUCGACUUCUACGACUCUUGUCGUGUGUAGUUCCAUGCUAUAUUAAUAAACCAAUCAACCUCCUUAUUGUAAUUCCUUAUCUAUAAUAAGAGUCUCGUAAUUGUGGCAAGCAGGCUGUUCUUGCCCCGGAUCUUUACGAGUACUAAUGAGUGAACGCUUUUACUGUAUCUCUUAUUGGUGUUCUGUUUCAACAAAACUAAUGAUAUGAUAUGCAUGUUAUAUAA